AUCUCUGUUGUGUUUAUUGAGGCUGGACUUGGACUGGGUGGCUCACUGUGCCACACACUGCGGCUGUCCUCAGGGGUCCUGUCUCCCCUUCCUGCCCUGCUGGCCACAGCUCUCUAUCUCCUGGAAACAAGAGUCUGGGGCCUUGGAGAGGUAUUGGGCUAGCUAGUGCCAGGGGAACUAGGAGGGUGCCUGGAAGUCCUUUCAUGCCCCUGACGACACCAGCGGGUCAUGGUGUGCCAUUGAGAUCCUUGCUGAUUGGGCUGAGAAGGGCCAGCCUUUCCCAGGAUGCUUUAAGAUGUCCUCAUAGAGCACUGGGUUUCACCUGGAGGUCAUAAAUUGGCCACUGUCACGAUUCAGAAGCCAGACCAACCUAGCAAGAGGUUGAGCCCUCCUCCGAGGAGGAGAGUGCUGUGACAGCGAGGAACCAAGCAUUGACUCUGGCUGCAGCGUGGGUUUUGAAUGACCCUCGGGAGGGCAUGUAAGGAGAGCUGUUUUUGGAAGGCGACUUGGCUGGGUGGGUGUUUGCAGGUUCAGCACAGAGGUGGACAGAGAGGAAGAUGUAGAGGGAGCGGGCAGGUCAGCCCCACCUUGCGCUUUAGGACUGGCUGAAGCGCCUGGGAAGGAGGUUGCUUCUCUGAAGGACUGAGUCCUCCCACAGCCUCAGUCAGGGCCCGCCCUGGCUUCCCCACGCAUGGAGUCCUCUCGCUUCCGUGAUUGUUACUGAUGGGAGCAGCUGAUGGCUGUAGGCACAGAACACUGUCUCCUCGUGAAACUGCCAGGACGGGCCCUACUGUUCUCCCAUUUUACAGAUGAGGAAACCAAAGCUUGGGGAGGUUGGGCUGCCUGCCCCACAUCACCCGGCUGUUAAAUGGCAGGGCCCUGCCUCGCACCAGAACUUCAGCUAUCAGCCCAGCUUCAACCUCUGGGUGCUCACGGAGCCCCUUGGCUGCUUCUCUGCACCCAUGGGAAGCCACCACGGUCAGCACAGUUGGGGGGCAGAUGCCCCAGUUUCACUUCCCUGUGUCCAGGCUGUCGUGAAGGCUGUGGCUUCCUAGGCCUCCCUGUCCCCUGGACGCUGCUGCUCGGGUGCCUGUCCUCAGCCCUCUUCAAACGAUGCCCAGGAUCGGUGCUCUGCCAGCACACCCUGCACACACCACCGUCCCGCCUCCGGGGCUUUGUUGGUGUUUACUGGGAUUGUCUCUGUUCUAGUGUUUGGGGACAAAGAGGAUGCAGCCUUCCAGAGGAUAUGCAGCAGAGCCUCAUUCUGGAAGUCAGAGUCCCCUGUAACGGCCCUUCCCGUUUCCAGGCUCACCCCUCCCACUCACUCUCCUGCUGCUGCACGCUCUCCCUGAGCAACCGCCGCACCCCGGGCACACAUUGGGUGGUCCCCUCCCUCUGCCGUCUGCCCUGCUGGUGAGCACAGCUGUGCUUCAGGGCAACCGCAGAUGCCCCGCUUAUUGGCCUCUGUCCUGUGGCAUCUGUCACCAGCUGCCCUGGGAGGUCGUCAUUCUUGUCUUGCUCAUGUUUGCAUCUCUGCCAGCCUAGUGUGGUGCUUGCUUAACUGAUGGGAUGUUCCGCUCGCACCAGGCUGGAGUCUAACCCUAGAAUGGUGGAUUGGGGCGUUUUCCAUCCUGAUGUUGGAGUUGCUGCUGUGGAUUCAAGUAUGUUUUGCUUGGAGACGGGCUGGAGGCCCUGGCAGCCCUAAGUUCUGAGUUGCAUAUUGAUGCUGCUGUCGCUGAAGCCGAGGAGGCCUCUUCUCUGGUCAUUCUGGUUGAAUGAGACACGAUGUUGCCCACUUAAGCAGGAAGUGCAGGCAAGGAGCUGCUUGGGAGGCUGGCCUCUGGCUCCCUGGCCCCUGAGGGAACCUGACUCUUACAGUCUUUCCAACCCCCCACUGGGGCCAGCACAUAGUGUCCCAGGUCCCGAGCAAUGUGCUAGGCCCCUGUCUGAGGAGGUGAUGAUUUCCCAGGGCUGGGCAGAGACUGGGAGAUGGCCAGCCUGCUACAACCACUGAGCUCCCCAGGGCAGGGACCAAGCCCCAUCCAGUGCCCCCUCUAGCAGGUGCCCCCUACCUGGUCCUUUCCUAGGCUGAGGACCCAGUGCUGGGCUCGCACCUAGAACAGAGCCCCUCCCACCUGCAGGGAAUAGUGAGGCAUCCUGCAGGAGCUUUGUUUUAAUACAUGUCCGUGCUCAGGGCUCUGGAGUGGUGUCAUCAUUAAGGACACGUGCCCGUCUUGUUUUCCCUCAGUGUGUAUGUUGAGCUUGUGGAUGGGGCAGGUACAGAGCGUGCAGCUGCCCUAGCUUUUUCUUAGGGACCCAUCUCCCUCCGGGCUUCCUCAGGCUUCCCAGGGGCUCAGCAUCGAGCUAGCAGGAGCUGGGAGAGUGGCCUCCAGGCCCUCGUGUCCACCCAUCCAAUGGGACCCAUAGGGCCAGCUGCUGUCCCCCCAGAGCUGGGACCAUUGUGGGCAGGGGACAGCCCCUCCAGGCCCGAGCUCCUCUCUUGCUUGUGUUGCAGGGACAUUCUGUCAUGUUACCUCAAACCUUGUCCACCAACUGUUGUUUGUCCCAGAGUCAAGUUAAGGACGGAGGUUGUUGGCUUGCAGAAGAGAAGUGGGCUGAGGGGUUUAUCAGGGAAACUUGGGGGCUUCUCCCAGAGCAAAAGCAGAGGCAAGCAUAGGCCAGGGGCCAGGAAUGCCCCCACCUGCGUGGGGACCUUGUCCGAGCUGUGGACAGUGUUUCACAUGCGGUCAUGUGUCUGACGCCGCCGCGCUGGCGCCUGGGGGACCUGCAAUUCAUGCCUAGCUCCCCAUCGACCCCUGACCUACCUGCCUCUUGGGACCUUUCAGGGCUCGCCCCCAAAGGCACUGUGCGACAGGACCCCCUGGCAGGUAGGACCCGUCUGGCCAAAGUGGGUGGCAGCUGCUCUGGCCAUGAGAGAGCCCACCCCCAACUCUAGCAGGGAUUACCCAGGGCUGAGAGUGACAGGAGUUAGAGCUGCUGGCCCCAGGGACAAGGGCUAAUCCCUUGCCUCCCCCUCCCCUUCCAGGCCGCCUCAUUCUAGAUCAGCGGAGCCAUCUCCCUAGCAACAGAGCUGGAGAUUCAGAAUGGAAACAUGACUUCCUGGGGUGGGCGGGGCUUCAGGCAGGCGCCCUGGACAGAAGCCACAGCCCCUGCUCAGCUGUCAUUGGUGCCCCAGGCAGGCUCAAGGGUUGACCUUCCUUUUCAAACAGGGAUGAAGCCAACGCACACGAUGGUCAACUGCUGGUUCUGCAACCAAGAUACGCUGGUGCCCUAUGGGAACCGCAACUGCUGGGACUGUCCUCACUGCGAGCAGUACAACGGCUUCCAGGAGAACGGCGACUACAACAAGCCGAUCCCCGCCCAGUACUUAGAGCACCUGAACCACGUAGUGAGCAGCGCGCCCAGCCUGCGCGACCCUUCGCAGCCACAGCAGUGGGUGAGCAGCCAAGUCCUGCUGUGCAAGAGGUGCAACCACCACCAGACCACCAAGAUCAAGCAGCUGGCCGCCUUCGCUCCCCGCGAGGAGGGCAGGUAUGAUGAGGAGGUCGAGGUGUACCGGCAUCACCUGGAGCAGAUGUACAAGCUGUGCCGGCCGUGCCAAGCAGCUGUGGAGUACUACAUCAAGCACCAGAACCGCCAGCUGCGCGCCCUGCUGCUCAGCCACCAGUUCAAGCGCCGGGAGGCCGACCAGAUCCACGCACAGAACUUCUCCUCCGCCGUUAAGUCCCCGGUCCAGGUCAUCCUGCUCCGUGCCCUCGCCUUCCUGGCCUGCGCCUUCCUACUGACCACCGCACUGUAUGGGGCCAGCGAACACUUCACCCCAGGCACCACUGUGCCCCUGGCCCUGCCACCUGGUGGCAAUGGCUCAGCCACACCUGACAAUGGCACUGCCCCUGGGGCCGAGGGCUGGCGGCAGCUGCUGGGCCUGCUCCCCGAGCACAUGGCGGAGAAGCUGUGUGAGGCCUGGGCCUUUGGGCAGAGCCACCAGACGGGCGUCGUGGCACUGGGCUUGCUCACCUGCCUGCUGGCAAUGCUGCUGGCUGGCCGCAUCAGGCUUCGGAGGAUCGACGCCUUCUGCACCUGCCUGUGGGCCCUGCUGCUGGGGCUGCACCUGGCUGAGCAGCACCUGCAGGCCGCCUCGCCCAGCUGGCUAGACACGCUCAAGUUCAGCACCACAUCUUUGUGCUGCCUGGUUGGCUUCACGGCAGCUGUGGCCACAAGGAAGGCGACAGGCCCACGGAGGUUCCGGCCCCGAAGGUUCUUCCCAGGAGACUCUGCCGGCCUUUUCCCCACCAGCCCCAGCUUGGCCAUCCCUCACCCGAGUGUCGGAGGCUCUCCAGCGUCUCUGUUCAUCCCCAGCCCGCCCAGCUUCCUGCCCCUCGCCAGCCAGCAGCUCUUCCGGUCUCCUCGACGGGCCUCACCCUCCUCAUUGCCCGGCCGCCUCAGCCGGGCCCUCUCUCUGGGAACCAUACCCUCUCUGACUCGAGCAGACUCGGGCUAUCUGUUCAGCGGUAGCCGCCCACCAUCUCAGGUGUCUCGAUCUGGGGAGUUUCCUGUUUCAGAUUACUUCUCUCUGCUGUCGGGGAGCUGCCCCUCCUCCCCACUCCCUUCCCCAGCGCCUUCCGUGGCCGGCUCGGUGGCCUCCAGCUCCGGCUCUCUGCGCCACCGCAGGCCCCUCAUCAGCCCUGCCCGGCUCAACCUGAAGGGACAGAAGCUGCUGCUAUUCCCAUCACCCGCUGGAGAGGCCCCCACCACGCCCAGCAGCUCCGAUGAGCACUCGCCUCACAACGGCAGCCUCUUCACCAUGGAGCCGCCCCAGGUUCCCCGGAAGCCGCCCCUGCAGGACAUGAAGCACGCCCUGGACCUGAGAUCCAAGCUGGAAAGAGGCAGUGCCUGCAGCAACCGCUCCAUCAAGAAAGAGGACGACUCUUCCCAGUCAUCUACCUGUGUGGUGGACACCACCACCAGGGGCUGCUCGGAGGAGGCUGCCACCUGGAGAGGUCGUUUCGGCCCUUCCCUGGUCCGGGGCCUCCUGGCCGUGAGCUUGGCCGCCAACGCCCUCUUCACCUCGGCGUUUCUGUACCAGAGCCUGCGCUGACCCACCAUUGGAGCCCCUCGGAGGGGAGCAACCCGGUGCCUGCUGCUUCACCACUGCCGGCCUCAGGACCCUCCCUGGAGGGGCUGCCACCUCUGCCCUCGUCUCCAGGGCCUUGACCUCACUGGACUGUGACUGUCCUCAGGACACCUGCCCCUCCUCACCUAACGGACUGCAGGGCUGAGCGUGUGUCUGAGGUCACACUCUCUGCCCGCCCACCUCCUUGGCUGACAUCGGUUGUGUUUGGUGCUGACACUCUGAUCCCGAAGCCAGGGAGCCCCAAGGGGCUGCAUGACCCUGGGGUGCCCCACACAGUUCAGCCCUGCCUGGCAAGGAAGCCAGUACUACUGUAACUGCAGCAGGAGCUGCCCGGCCUGCCUUCCGGCCCCACGCCCACAGGCGUGGUCACAUCUUUGUACUGUAUUCCCCUGUCCCACCUGGGGUGACCUCAGAGCCCCACUAAGCUGAAGGCCCCCUGGGGGAGGGGGAAGCAUGGUCCUUAUCAUCUGCCCUGUCUUGCCCCUUCCUGUGGAGUGGGCAGAAGGGCACCCGGGAUCCUCAGAGCUCCCAGGUCUCAGCAGCCAAAGGCCCAGCUGGGCCUCCAGGACCAGCGCAAGCCCCUGCCCCACCCUCCCCUGCCAGAUGCCCCCCGCUUUGUGACCUCUGUUGACCUUCUUGGAAGCAGCCCCAUUACCCUGAGAAUGCAGAGAGCCCUGGCCCACCUCGCCCUGUGUUUCCAGGCCUGCAUGUCUGGUCCUUCAGCUGCGCAUGGAACUGCAGGGCAGGCUGGCGGGGGGCCUUCGGAUCUCAGAUGAGACUGCACCCCUUCGCCCACCCUACUGGGCACCUGCCUCCCUUCAGCCCCUGAGAACCCCAUCUUCCCCUGCUUCUCCUGCCCAAUCCCUUGCUGGGGCUCCUUGCUGGCAUUGAGGAGGGGCCUUCCCGAUGCUGUGAGGCUAUCAGAGCCCCUCCACUGUCCCACCCUGGGCCUCGGACAUGGGCCUGGGGCAGUGUGUGUCUGCUGGUCAUGUGCUGGUGCCAGUUGGUGAGGAAUCAGCUGUCUCGGUGGAUUCUGAGACUCACUGUGGGGCAGGAAGAAGGGUCUUCACUCUGCCAUUCAGGGAUAAAGUUUAAUUUUAUUUUUCUACACAUUUUGCCAGGUCAGGCAUUUUGCUAGUAAGCAGGAUGCCCCCAACUCUCCCUGCCAUGGAGGAUUCAUUUUUUUAAGCUUUGGGUGCUUUUUUAAUACUUUUUUUUUAAUGUGGGGAAGGAGCUUGCUCUGACGUCACCCUCCUCUCCCCUGACUCCUGUCCUGAGAGCUAUGGAUGCUCCCUCCUGCCCUGCCCACCCCUGAAACAUGGGGAACGGGGGCCCCAGGACAGCGUCAGGACUUUUGAGUCCAGCUGCCAGCAAUGGUUCCAACUCGGAGGCAGCGCCUUGUGGUCCCCAUUUUUGUAUAGCAGGCGUGUGUGUGUCGAGGUUUUUUAUUUUUUGCUUAACCAAACUCCAUUCCCAAAUGCACAUCGUCUCUGGCUCUGAGGGCACUCCCUCCUCUCAGCCAGGCAGCCUGGCAUCUCCUGCCCAGACCUGCGGUCCCAGCAUCCCCCAGAGCCAGGGGACAGGCCCGGCAGGAGGGGGUUUUAUGUUUUGUUUCAAACAGAAAACACAACCUUAUUUUUCUUUACAAAAGCAAAAAAGGAAACCAAAAAAGAUACAGCCUUUGAAUGAUG